UGUGUACCAUGCAUCCGUCGGUCCAUCAGGUCCUUCUUCAUUCUUUCCCUCCCUUGUUGUACCAUGGCACUCACUCACUCACUGACUCACUGCUAUACCUGCCUCUCUCUCUCUUCGUUGGUGUGUCAGUCAAAGGACGGACGGCGUAUUUCAGCAAUCAUCCGUCUGUGUGUGUGUCUGCAUGCGUGCGGGCGUGUGUGUGUGAGUGUGUGCGUGUCGUGUCGUGGGUGAGUAUUUAUUUAUGACAAGAGACCUUCGACGAGUGAGUGAAUGUUUGUGUGCGACAGAGCGAUCUGUCAUCUCCUGGUUGAUCUGUUCACUGGCCGAGGCUACAUAGAAGCCCACUCAGCCAGACAGGGCGUAUUCACCUUUCUCCUUCACACAUACGCUUUACAGCCCGACAGAGAACUGGGACGGGCUGGGGUCAACAAACCCUUCGCGGCUGGAUUAGCUCGCAGACCUUUGCCCUUCAGGAUGAACUUCGUUUCCGCUCCUCUUCUCAUUAUCGGUGUCCUGCGCAGUUGCAGUGCGCAGGGGCAGAUAUGGAAGGACGCCAUCGCCCGUGCGCAUGCACCCAUCGCCAACCACUCGCUCACGCCGGUGAUGAAUCAAACAAAGCAAGCACACGCAGACGGAUCCGCAUUGCAUUGGCAUGAGCACUCUCUCCCUUCUUGCCGUGUGCCUCGCCUUCACUGCAGGUCGGCCCGUCUUCACUCGGCGUCGCAGAUGAGGUCAGGCGGCUGGAGUCGUCGGCUCACGUGCGGGCCGUCGCCAAAGUGACUGGGGAAAGGGCGAGCGAGGUCUUCACGGGCGACGGGUGGAUUGCUGAGCUGCCAAAACACGGCAGGAAUGAGUCUGCAAUGGCGAGCAUCGAUUUCAUCUUCAAGAACAUCAGGCCGACCAACAGAGUGUUUGUUGAGGUCGGCUUUCACGCUGAGAGCGGCAAUCAAUCCGACACAGAUGAACUGCGAAGGUGAGAAAGAGAGAGUCUGAAUGCAGACAGACAGACAGACAGACAGACAGACAGAGGCAUGUGUGCUUGUGACAGGCAGAAUUGGACUGGCGUGGUGCUGGAUGCCGUCAGUCAGGGUGGCCAGAGCCGCAAUGUCUCCUCCCCUGGGGUCAUCAACCUGCACGACGAGUCUCGGCUGAAUCACUCCCUCAUUGACGUCCUCAAGAGUCACAGACUUCCGCACAAACCCGACUUUCUGUCCAUCGACACGCGAGCCCUCGAUUUGUUUCUCUUCCGAGCCCUCACAAACAGCUCUUACCCGAAGGCUCGUGUCGUCAAAGUGGCGUAUAAUCCGAAUUUUCCUCUCGCCAUUGCAGCCAGUGCUUCUCAAGACUACCAGUGGAGUAAGCAGACAGGUGCACUCACAUCCAUGAGGGAGACAUCACUUUGUUGUGUCUCUGUUUGUGUGUGUGGUGGUCGGCAGGAGGUGACAAGCUGUUCGGCGCGUCGCUCAAAGCCCUCUAUGACUGCGGCAAGGCUUUUGACUACACGUUGAUAGGCGCGAUGCCCGGCAGAAGCCUAUUCUUCCUCCACCAAAGCGUUAUCGACGCCCGGCCGCCGUCAUUAGAGUUAUUCAAGGAGGCCACAUGUCUCGACGUCGGGAACUCUACUGUGGACAACGACAACACACUGGUCGAUUAUGGCGUGUAUGAGAAGACUGGCAGCUAUGAUGAGGCCAGGAAGGCUGCUGAGAAGGUGCCCAGGUUGGUCUUGGAGACAUGUGGCUUUCGGCUUGUGCCGUCGUGACA